CGGGACCCGCCCGCCGCCUUCUGGGGCUCGUAGUUCGGAGCCCAGGGCGCGGGGCCGGGUCGUCCGCGAAAUCCUGCACCCCGGUGCGGGUGCCGCAUGGGAGACUUGAGUGAAAAUUCUAUGGAGAAUUUUCAAGAGAAAAGACUUAGGGAUCUAUUACAUGAAGAGGUUUCCUGCUGGCUAAUUUUGGAAGACAUGGCCAGUACAGUAACUGAGGGUCAGGAUUGUAUUGUAGAUCUUCAAGGGGAAGUGUGCAGGAAGCCUGAACUAAAUCUCUCCCCUUAUCAACAGUGGAGAGAAGCAUCUUCUCAUAUUCCCAGAAACAAGACCAGUGUGGUGAGUCUUCCAAGUGAUGAUUUCAAAAACAUCAAAAGUGAAGAAUAUUUGUCUUUGAAAGUCCCAAGCCAAAUGGCCACACAGGACUCUUCAGUGACAUUCUGUAAAAAUAAGCCACAGGAUCUUCAGGAAAGCAAAAAUCUGUUACUAUCUGAAGAAAGCACUACGAAAAAAGUGAUAGGGGGAAAAAGUCCAACCAUGAACCAUUGUUUAGAGAACCUUCAAAUUGAACUUGUGACUGAUGAGACAGAACUGGCCUCUCCAUUGUCCAGUGGUGAGGCAUUUAGCCAGAAUGGUCAGUCAAAACAGUCCUUGGAUCCCUUUGACUGUAAUCACAGAGACAUUUCUGGUUGGAAAUCACGGGUAGUCAGUCGUCAUCUGAGAGCUUGUGCAGAGGAGAAACCCUGUAACUGUUACAACUGUGGGAGAAUACAUAACACCAACUCAGGUGGUCACCCACCUGAGAAAAUGCACACAGAGAAACUUUACAGAGGUAGUCGGUGUGGUAAGGACUUCAGUGCAAGGUCAGAACUGCUUCAUCAAAAGGACUACACUGAGGAGAAGCCCUACAGAUGUGAGCAGUGUGGGAAGGGCUUCACGAGGAGCUCCAGUCUCCUCAUCCACCAGGCAGUCCACAUGGAUGAGAAGCCUUAUAAGUGUGACAAGUGUGGGAAGGGCUUCACAAGGAGUUCAAGUCUGCUCAUUCAUCAUGCAGUCCAUACAGGCGAGAAACCUUAUAAAUGUGACAAGUGUGGGAAGGGCUUCAGCCAGAGCUCCAAACUGCACAUCCACCAGCGAGUGCACACGGGUGAGAAGCCCUACGAGUGUGGGGAGUGUGGCAUGAGUUUCAGCCAGCGCUCCAACCUGCACAUCCACCAGCGAGUGCACACAGGGGAGAGGCCCUACAAAUGUGGGGAGUGUGGGAAGGGCUUCAGCCAGAGCUCCAACCUGCACAUCCACCGAUGCAUACACACAGGGGAGAAGCCUUACCAGUGCUAUGAGUGCGGGAAGGGCUUCAGCCAGAGCUCAGAUCUCCGCAUCCAUCUCCGAGUCCACACUGGAGAGAAGCCAUACCACUGUGGCAGAUGUGGGAAGGGCUUCAGCCAGAGCUCCAAACUCCUCAUCCACCAGCGAGUGCACACAGGAGAGAAGCCCUAUGAGUGCAGCAAGUGUGGGAAGGGCUUCAGCCAGAGCUCCAACCUCCACAUCCACCAGCGGGUGCACAGGAAAGAACCCCAUUAGUCACAUGCUCAUACCCUAAAGAGUCACUAUUCUUAACAUCACUCUUAACUUUAUAGUCCCAGGAGAGAGAUAGUAAGAGUCAUUAAGAUAUGUUCCCUCACUGAAAUCAUUCAUUCAUCUAAAGUAUUUGAGUACCAGGCACUUUGUUAUGCUCUACCGUGGACUGAUUGUUCUAGGUCCUCAGGUGGAUAGAGUGAAAACAUGUACUUUGCAGUUCAGCCAGUGUUAUUAGAACUACAUGUUCUACCCAGCAUUUUUAAAUGCUAGAACUUUAUAUCCAUCCAAGCAGAACAUCUUUCCCAUUAUUUACAUUCUUUGAGAAAUUGGAGCUCUGCUUUCUCCAGAUCAUAUGCCUUGUAUUUUUCCUAUUUCCUUCCAACCCUGAGUAGCCCUCUCUAAGCUACAAUUUACAGUAUGUUAGUUUUAGGUCUGGGGUGUGGUGUGGAAAUCUGUGUUUAUUGGAGAAAUGUACAACAGUGUAUGACCACACAAGGAGAAGAGCUGCUCAUGUAGUACACCCAUCUGUCAGUUUACAGAAUGUUGAGCCCCCUCCACCUGUUUCCCCCAAGGCAGCUGCUCAGGAACAUAAGUAGUUCUUUUUCUUGGAUGUAGCUAGUCUAUGGGGUGGUUCUAGAUCUCACCACCUCAGAUGACCCACCAAACUAAAGCCAUGUAGGAUAUAUACACUGUGUCAAAGUAUGGCAGAUGAAGUCAAAAUAUAUUUUUAAUGCAUUUCAUUCUUCUCAACACUUCCCUGUCAUUUUCUUAAUUUUGACACCACCUGUGUUUUCUACUAAGCAAAACAAAGGAGUUAGGAAGGUUUCUGAUAUUUUUCUCUUCAGAUUUAUCUCAUUUUAAUAUUUUAUGUAUCCCAAAAGUCAUUUGAUUUUACAGCAUCCCCAGCCCCUCUAGACUUUGCUAUACACAUCUAAUUUAUUUUUAUAUUUGGUUAAAAGUACUUCAUAUAAAAAUAGCUCCAUAAAAAAUUUUUAAACCAUAUUUGGAGAGUAUGCUUAGAGUGAUCAAGCUUAAAAUAUGCGCUGUAUCACAUAAUUCUCUAGGGGCACAAGCCUAGGGCAUCUUAAAGAGGCAUUCAUUCCCUAGAAGUUAAGACAAGAAGCUUAAGCAGUAGAGAGUAGAAAAGUAAAUGCAAAUACAUAACCAAUUUGGAAGUUACUACACAAUGAGUGUGAAUUACAGCUUGAUUUUCUGAACAAUAGUUAAUAGUUCCUCAGCAGUGCUCUGGGUGCUACCCUGUAUUCCAUAUCCCAGUUUAUCACCAAUGGCUGGGAUGCAUGUAUGAAAAUGGUAGGGGAAACGUGGGUACUUUAUUAGCUUAAGGUGAGGUUGCAACUCACCCUGAACAAAUGUAACCCGAAGCAGUUAACUGGACAUAAAUAGCAAGGAAGGCAUACAUCAACUUGGCGGAAACAGCUAAUCUCUAAUAAGAAAUGGAGGAAGGUGACUUCCUUCAAGAGAUAUCUGACUCCAAACUGCGCAGUCUGUGUGGGAUGAUUAGGGUGGUGACAGCAUCCACUCUGUAGCAUUGCAUAAUAUCCUUCACUCAUCCGGGUACUGUAGGCAACAUCCUAUUUCAGCAAUCUCUAGAAUGACAAAUAUCCCCUAGUUCCUCCUACUCUUAAGAUUUUGCCUGAACAUCUUUUUUUGUCACAUGUCUUCCAGUUGACUGAUGGACAUAAUCUGAGAUUUAGAGCCAAGUAAGACUACAAGACUCAUGUGCAGUGAGACCAGAGGGUACUUAUUAAGUCCAAGUCUCAAAUGGGAAUAAAAUAGCCUGAUUUUCUGAA